CCGUCUCGCGGGCUUUGCUUUGUUAUGGCGGUAUCUUUCGAAACUUAUCGAAAUUCAGACGUCAACUGCUGAAAUCUUUAAAUACCCACAUCGGCAACCCAAGCCAAGGGCUUUCGCCGGGACUUCAUCGCCAUCAUGUCAUCUCCAGCUGGUCUCCAGCAAGGCCAGUUUCACUUCCUCUCUCAGUGGAUGCCGGACAGCUCCCGGGCUGGAGUGAUAUUACAUGGGUCGCCUGGAGUAGUGUUAUCUGGGUCCGUCCGGAGCAGCGGCAGUUCAGUGAUGCGGGAUCCAGACGACUCAUUCAUCUGCCAUUUCGCCCCCCUGCCCGUCUCCCAGAGCAGCAGCUGCACCAGUGUGGACAUGUGCAGUCCUGCUGAACGUGCAACCGAGCAGUUUGAUGCAUCUUUGAGCUGUGACAUGCAAAGCAUUCAAGACAUGAUAAGAAACACACGGGAUCUACCUUUAAUAGCAAAGCUUGAACAGUUGAAGCAAGUGCAACAUCGCAUGCAGGAGCAGCUCAAAGCCCACCAGCAGGAACAGCAGGUUAGAUUACAACAAGAGCAAAUACUUCUGGGAACAGAACAGACUACUGCAGAGAGCAGUAUGCGGAACCAGGAACAAAGUCUGGCAGAACUGAACACUGAACGUGAUGACAAUGAUCAUGAAGACUCACUUCAAUCCAUGACUGAGGAUCAAACUGUGUUCAGAAACGAGUGUGAUCCAGAGCCACAGGACAGACCUAUCAGAUCAGGUUUUGUCGGGAGGACAUUUGAGGAGAUGCUGGAGGAGCAGAUUAAAAUGGAGGACCAGAGACGUGUGAAAAAGAAUGCUCCAGCUGAAACUGUAGAAGUAAAGAGACCUUUUCUAAAACGAGGAGAGGGUCUGGCCCGGUUUACCAAAGGAAAAGCUGCUGCACUGCCACACAGAAAAAAUCAACCCAAGCCCUCAUGCCCAAAUCCCAAAGUGUCCCAAGAUCCAGUCACGAGGUCCAACAAAAACCUAGUUAUUAACAAACCCGAAGGCUUAAAAUCCACACAUCCUGUGAUCCAACGCAAGACUGCUGUGCUCAACAAAGAAAACCUUCCUCAGAACAAGACCACAGCAGGGGUCACCAAAACAACCGUUCGCCCUCACGUCCUUGGUGCACACCAGGGUCAAAAUGUGAGCUCCAUCUCAACUCAUGUCCAAAGAGACAGAAAAUCUGAUCCUUCCUCUAAACAAAAAAGCAACGGUGUCACUAAAACAGAUGCUAACAUAGGCACGGUUGGGGAAAGUAACGUUUGCAUUGCGGAAAACUCCUUUGACGUGUGGUUCGCAGAACGUCGGGAAAAUUGGGAGCAGGACCACCAACGUGAACGCGUUGAACUCGGGGAGUUUGAGUUGCUCGAGCGAGCUGCAGAUGAAAUCUCCUUCUCCAGCAACUCUUCCUUCAUCAGCACCCUCCUUCAAAGAGACCGCAGGCGUCUUUCCUCAACACCUAUUAAAUCUUCAAAUCAAUCUACGUCAGGCGUCGGAAUUGCUCGUGUUCCUGGGGUGGGUCAUACUGCACCAGUCUCUCCUUCAAACAAUGUAAUAACAAGAGACGGUGAAAAAGAACUGAUGAGAGAGUUCUCUGAAGUGGAAGCCGAUGCUAAAGACAAAGAGUUGCAAGCCUUUUCCAUUACAUCCAAUCCACCCAUAAGCCACUGCUUUCGAGUGCCCGCUCUGCCUUAUGAUAAACGCACCUAUCAGGAUAGAGAUGGAGCCAGCAGUCCAGAGGUCGAUGAUAGAAGUUCCUGUAACAAUGAAGAUUCCACUCUCAUAGACUCAAGAGGCCAGUUAGAGUUUGAUGACGAUGAUACCUGGAACGAACCUGAGGAUGAGUCAAGUUGUCCUGUGCAGGAAUCUCUGUCAGAGAGGACGCUGAAAAGAAAAGUUGCCUUCUCUAAAGGGGCAAAGCCAGUGAGUGUUAGUCCAGAUGUUGAAAAUGAGAACAAAGCUCCUCCCACAUGCCCGUUGGUUUCAAAGAUGUUUCCAGCGCUGAAGCCAAAUGCCUCUCCUCCAGUGAUGGUACAAGCACCACAGAACAUCAACACCGAAGGGGCAGCUCAGUCCAGCCUGCUUCGUGAGCGCUUGGUGGAGCUGGAAACCGAAAUCGAGAGGUUCAAACGUGAGAAUGCAGCACUGACCAAACUGAAGCAGGAGAACCAGGAAGAAAGAGAAAAUCUCAGGAAAGAGAGCGGCCAGUUUGAAAAGAAGAGAACAGAGGAGAUUGCAAAGUGGGAGGAGUUUAAAAGGGAGGAGAACAAGAAACUGCUACGUGAAAGGAAGCUUUUCGAAAAACACGCAGCAGCUGUUAGAGCAAGACCUGACAAACAAGAACGAGAUGAGAUCCAGGCUCUGAAGCAGCAGGUGAAUGUGCUGCAGGAGGAUUUACGCAAGCGAGAGACUCGGUGGAGCAACACGCAGAAUCGUCUCCGGCAGCAGGUGGACGCCUUUAGUUCCGAGAACGCAUCUCUCAGAGACCAGGUGCGAAUGCUGGAGAAACUGCGACUCAGUGCGUGGAAGAAUGCUGAGAAUGAAAGAGAGAAGGAAAAAGGACGGUCUGGUGUGUCAAACGGUAAAAGCGGUGCUGGAUCCAAAUGCACAGAUUUUAAAAGUUCAUCCCAGGGCUCAAAAAGCAACACCAGCAGGAAGGGAAGUCCAGAAACACAGAGCCCUCCCACAAGCUCGGCUUCUUACUCUGAGCCAACAAAAGAGAGUAUUAGCUUCAAAGAUGACCACAGUCCAGCGGGAGGAUCUGACAGACUGGUUACAACUGAAAGGAACAAUGAUGCUUUGCUGAUUGACUCUAGCCCCAACACUGCUAGACACACAAAGCAGAAACAGGAAGAGAUCACACAUUCAGACAGCAAGAUAGAGAAAGUGCUUCCUGAUGGCAGCCGACUCAUCGUUUUCCCAAACGGCACGAGAAAAGAGCUCUCCGCAGACGGACAGACUGUCAAAGUCAUGUUUUUCAAUGGAGAUGUAAAACAUACAAUGCCUGAUCAAAGAGUGCUUUAUUACUAUGCAGAAGCUCAGACCACACACAUCACAUACCCUGAUGGUAUGGAAGUACUUCAGUUUCCUAACAGUCAAACAGAGAAACACUUUCCAGAUGGUCGUAAGGAAAUCACUUUUCCUGAUCAGACUGUUAAGAAUCUUUAUCCUGAUGGUAGGGAGGAAAGUGUGCUCACAGAUGGGACAAUAAUACAACUGAACCUAGACGGCAGUAAGGUGAUCCAGUUUAACACAGGUCAGCAGGAAAUUCACACUGCAGAUUUUAAGAGGCGCGAGUAUCCGGACGGCACAAUAAAAACCAUUUACUCGGAUGGACGGCAAGAGACACAAUACCCAACAGGUCGUGUGCGCUUAAAGGAUGCUCAGGGUCAUAUUAUCAUGGACACUAAGGCUUAAAUGGCCAACAAGUGGACUUGAAUGAACUUAUUGUAUGAAAGAAAAUGUGUGCUAUGUAAAUGUGUGAAUUAUUUAUUGUGAAUGUGAUUUUUGUGAAAAUAAAUCUU